ACAUGUUAGGCGACCUCUCAUUGGUUGAUUUGAAGACCCAGGCACUAGAUUUGAAAACGUAAGUUCAGAACUGAGGAGGGAUCCAGCUGGAGGAAGGUUUAAAAGGACUGUAGUCUGUUAAGGCUUUGUUUGCAGCAAAAAUGGAAGACUACGUAAAAAUCGAGAAGAUUGGAGAAGGUACCUAUGGGGUUGUGUACAAGGGGAGGAAUAAGAAGACAGGUCUGACGGUGGCUCUGAAGAAGAUCAGACUGGAGAGUGAGGAGGAAGGAGUGCCCAGUACAGCCAUCAGGGAGAUCUCCCUGCUCAAGGAACUCAUGCACCCAAACAUUGUCUGCCUACAGGAUGUCCUGAUGCAGGAGUCUAAACUGUACCUGGUGUUUGAGUUCCUGACCAUGGAUCUGAAGAAGUACAUGGACUCCAUCCCCUCUGGACAGUACAUGGACACUAUGCUGGUCAAGAGCUACCUGUACCAGAUCCUGCAGGGUAUCGUGUUCUGUCACUCCCGCCGUGUGUUACAUCGCGACCUGAAGCCGCAGAACCUCCUGAUCGACAACAAGGGGAUCAUCAAACUGGCAGACUUUGGCCUGGCUCGGGCAUUUGGGAUCCCAGUCAGGGUUUACACACACGAGGUGGUGACCCUGUGGUACCGUGCCCCUGAAGUCCUGCUGGGGUCUCCCCGCUACUCCACGCCUGUCGACAUCUGGAGCAUCGGCACCAUCUUCGCCGAGAUGGCCACCAAGAGACCGCUCUUCCACGGAGACUCCGAGAUCGACCAGCUCUUCAGAAUUUUCAGGACCAUGGGCACCCCUACAGACGACAUCUGGCCGGGCGUGACCCAGCUGCCUGACUACAAACCCAGCUUCCCCAGCUGGAAAACCAGUCCAAACCAGCUCAAGAGCUCCGUCAAGAACAUGGACGACCAGGCGCUGGACCUGCUGCAGAAAACCCUGAUCUACGACCCUGCAAACCGUAUCUCAGCCAAGGCUGCCUUGAUACAUCCUUACUUUGAUGACUUGGACAAGGCCUCCCUUCCCGGCACAAACUUCAAACCCAGCUAGAAACACUGUAUAAAUCGUCAUACAGAUACCCUGCGCAUCAUUCAUAUAUCCUACUCUUCUGUAUCUACUUGUGCUGUCUUUCUAUAUCCUUAUGUAUACAUGUAGUAUCUUUUGUUUGUGGCUUCUACAUGAUUAUGACUAGUAAUAUGAUUCUAGUACUAUUAGUGUAAUAACAAAAUUUGUUCUGGCAUACUGUAUGUAAAAACACUGACUGUAAAUGAAAUGUGCUACAUGUACACAUUAUGUAGACAUUCUUAUUUUUCAUCUCAACAACUGUAUAGUACAAAAAUGUAUUGAUAAUGCAGUCAACUUUCAAAGCUUAGACAGGCACAGGGACUUUUUCCUACCUGUUGUGAACAUUUCAAGGUAGACAGGGCAGGGUAAAAUGCUCAUCAGCUAAGAAUUACUGCUGUAGAAAAGAUUUUAUAGGACGUUGUUCAGAAAAUUAUCAACUACUCAACCAAAAGUGGCAGAUGUGCAGUAGUUUUUGCCAAGAUGUAUGUAGUACUGUAGUCAUUCAUUGCCAGAUUUUACUAUACACCAACAUUCCCAUAACAUGAUUUUAUAAAACAAUUGCACAGUGCAAUUGCUAGCUAGAUCAUCUCCCCUCAUAUGCAGCUAAGAUUCUGUCUCCAACAUGUAUGAACAUUGUUUUUUCUGAUUUAGAGUAAGAGUAAAUUGUCAAGCUGGUAUUGGGAGGAAAGGUCUCUGACUAUCCCAUUUCUAAAUGCUGGUCUUCCCAGUUAUGGCAGUCAUAUGUCACAAUCUUUCCUCCUGUUAAUGUUACACGCUAAAUGAGAUAAUAGAUACAGUA